AUGAGGGCCGUGCUCUGGGACCUGCUGCUGCUGUGCCUCUUCGCCCGCGCGCGCGGCGACUGCCGCGGCGACUGCCUGCACUGCGACCGCCAGCUCUACCGCGACAGCUUCGACGUCCUCAUCUGCAUCCUGGAGUGCGAAGGCCAAGCGGUGCCCAGGGCCACCUGGGAGCUGUGCGCGGCCACCGCCGGCCGAGCCGCCCCGCGGCCGCGCCGCCCGGACGCCGAGAGGGCCGCGCCGGGCGCCUUCCCGCAGCCUCGCCGGGAGGAGGAGGAGGAGGAAGAGCGGGAGGACAUUUCCCGGCGGCUGGGAGCGGGCCGGGCGGCCAAGGGGGUGCAGAAGCGGUACGGGGGCUUCAUCGGGGUGCGCAAGUCGGCGCGGAAGUGGAACAACCAGAAGAGGUUUAGCGAGUUCCUGAAGCAGUACCUGGGCAUGGCGCCGCGCUCCAGUGAGUACGGCCCGGGCGGCGCCGGCCGGAACAACGAGAUCUGA